GUCACUUCCGAGACGCCGUCCCGCCCACUUUUGCCUCGUCCUUUCUCGCUGGCCGAGUAGGAACUACGACUCCCAGCAGCCCUCGCGCUGUUUCCCAUCAUGGCGGCGGGCAAGAAAACGUGUGUGAAGGAAAAGACGCCGGAGGGGGCUCCGAGUCCGCCCGGGUACCGAGCCGUGCCCAUCAAGUUCUCCCAGGACCAGGCGUCUUCGCAUUUCCUCUACAUCAAAGAGCACCGAGUUCGAGGGGGCGCCAGGUCCAGCUGGCCUCCGGACCGCACGCUUUUUGUCCUCAACGUGCCCCCGUACUGUCCAGAGGCAUGCCUGGCUCAGCUCUUCUCCACCUGCGGCCCCGUCCAGUCGGUGCAUCUGUGCGAGAGGCCGGACCUGUCAGAGAGGCCGGAGGAGGCCCCGUCGCCGUUUUUCUGUCCAAAGCCUGUUCCGGGGUUCCAGGUGGCCUACGUGGUAUUCAGCAAGCCAGCGUCGGUGCCCAAGGCUGUGGCUCUUCAGGGACCUCUGAUCGUCUCCACUGAGAGCCAGCCGGUGAAGACGGGCAUUGAGAAGUGGAUAGCGGACUACGCAGACUCCCUGGUGGACCCGGAGGCCCUGCGGCUGGAGGUGGACAAGUUCAUGGAGGACUAUGACAAGAAGAUGGCCGAGGAAGAGGCCGAGGCGGAGGCAGAGGAGGGGAUCCCAGACGAGGAAGGCUGGGUGAAGGUGACCCGCAGAGGCCGGCGGCCCGGCCUGCCCCGCUCUGAGGCUGCCAGCCUGCGCGUGCUGGACAAGGAGAAACGCAAGAAAGCCCGCAAGGAGUUGCUCAACUUCUACGCCUGGCAGCACCGUGAGACCAAGAUGGAGCACCUGGCCCAGCUGCGGAAGAAGUUUGAGGAGGACAAGCAGAGAAUCGCCUUGAUGCGGGCCCAGCGCAAGUUCCGCCCAUACUGAGUUGGCCAUCCAGGCCCCGAGAGGAGAGGGACUGAUGGCCAUUGUCCCUCGCCUGGAAUGCGGGGACCAGGAGGGAAGCAGGCCACCCACAGGGAGAAGAGAGAGAGCAGGGCCCUUGGCAUGUGGCUCAGGACUCCAACUUUUGGGGCGCCCCAGCUUUUGGGGGCACCAUCUCCACAAGGCUGCAGCCAUUUUUCAGAGGAUGUAAAUAAAGGACGUAUCUUUUCUGCCCA